AUGAAUGUUAGAUUUCGACCGAAUCGGCGUCUAUUACCAUUAUGGAAACAAGCGAUUGUUCAAUUUAGUAUACAUGGUGAUUAUGAAAAAUGUUUCGACGAGGUGACAUCGAAUGGGAAUUGGUAUGCACAACUUUUGGUUAGAAAAAGUCCGUCACAAUUAUCAGCAUUCAAAGAACACCUAUUUCGAUUUUUUCAUUUAUUCAAUAAAAAUUCUGGUGUAACACUUCAACCAUGCAAUCGUUAUUCAUCAGAAAAUUGUGGAGGAAAAGUAGUGGCUACAAAAGAAUGGUUAGCCAAUGAGAAAAUUGAAUUAUUAAUCGGAUGUAUUGCCGAACUAAGUCCAGAAGAAGAACAAGCAUUUCUCAAGCCGGGCGUCAAUGAUUUCAGUGUUAUGUAUUCAUGCAGAAAAAAAUGUUCUCAACUGUGGUUGGGACCCGCUGCAUACAUAAACCAUGAUUGUCGAGCAAAUUGUAAAUUUGUUGCAACAGGCAUCAGUUCUGCUUAUAUUCAUGUCCUACGAAAUAUUGAAGCGGGUGAAGAAAUAACAUGUUUCUACGGUGGCGAUUUUUUUGGUGAUAACAAUUCUCAUUGUGAAUGUUUAACAUGUGAAAGACGAUGCAAAGGCGCAUUUUCGUCCGCUAAUCGAACAGUAACCAAUAAGGUAUCUGCAUCCACCACGGAAAAUGGACCAGAACAUCUACCAUCAUCGACAAAUAAAAAUUACCUCUUACGUGAAACAGAGCAUCGUUUACGCAAAGUUUGUCCAUCUGACUCAACUGUGACUUCUUCAUCGAAAGAGAUGAUAACAAUAAAACAAAAUCAUCAUCUUCGACGACGUCAUGCUCUUUAUUCUCGUGAUCGAAUUCCAUCACUUGAUUCCGAUUACAAUGACGAAAUACAACAUUUCUCACACGAAAUUUCAAAACCAACAGAGAAAACAGUACAACAAGAAUCAUAUCCAAAUUCUGAACUCCAAAUGACAUUGAAACAACAAGAACAAGAAGGAUAUUCUUCACCAACACAAUGUACACGAACAAGAUCACAGUCACAAUAUUCCUCAUCCUCAUCUCUAUCAUCAUCCUCCAAUAUUCCUAUAGAAAAUCCAAAUUUUGGUCAGUGGCGCAUUAAUCGAACGAUUAGUCGACAAUCGAGUACAACUACCACAACAACAAAUUCAACAGAAAACGAAGAUUCACUAUCAAUUAUGAAAACAACCAAAACUCGUUUAGUUUCAGCGAAUGAAGAAUCGAUAAAUGAUGAAAGUGAUUCAAAUCAACGUCGUUCAUCCAUACGUUUAGCACAACGACAAAAUGACAAAGAAGAACAGAAAAAAAUUCCGAAAUUGACAAUUCGAAUUAGAGGACCAGAUCCAAUAUUAUUAAAUGAAUUAGAAAAAAUCCGUAAAACGACAACAACAUCAUCGUCAGUACUGAUUAAAGUUCAGGAUGCACCAGAACUAGGCAAAAAACGAUCGGCAUGUGAAAUGUCAAUAGUUUCAACUAGAACAACAAUUAAACGACAAAAAAUAUCAUCUACAGUGGAUGAUAAUAGACGUGUAGUUUUGAAACCGGUUGAUGAUCGUUUGAACCUUAAGCGAUUAAAAAAUAAAACUUUUGGUGCUCAACAAACGCUUUAUGUUAAACGUGGUGAACGUGUUCAAUUUGAUUGUUCACAAGAUAAACGAGAAGUUGCACGAAGAAAAUGGGCACAAAGUUUACAUGGUAUUAGCGAUGAUAUUAUUUUCUUCAACUAUAAUUUAUCGAAUUAUGAAAUAAAUUCUAAACUAGAAGAUAGGUUUGAUUAUACAAAUGAUAACGUUGAAAUAUUAAUUUUGAAGAGUGUUCAAGAAAAUGAUGCUGGAUACACAUAUCGAUGUGAAAGUUCUUAUCUUGGGAAAGAUGUGACAGAACGAGAUUAUACCAUUGUUGUAAUUGAUCAACCAACAUGUACAGAAAAUGUGAGUGUAUUUCAAGGUGAAUCGGAAAAUGUUACGUGUACAACGACAGUUUAUUUUAAAAAACACACAAAACCUCCGUCAAUAAAACUUGAUUUUCAAGAAACACCAUUGUAUUCCGAUCCAGUACAAUUGUUAAACGAUGAGACAAUAACGCAACAUCACGCAAUACUCACUGUUGAUUCACUAAAAUUGGUCGCCAAUGUACUAAUUAAACCAACAUACGAUGAUAAUGAAAGACAUAUGAUGUGCGAAGUAAAAUUGAACACCAACGAUUUAAAAUCAUCUAUCUGUCAAACUUAUAUUCGCGUAAAAUUUGCACCAAGAUCAAUGCCAGAUGGUAAUGAAUCUAUAAUUACUCGUUCAAUCGAUUGGAAAACGACAGAGUUAAAAUGUCCAUUAAAUAGUAAUCCGAUUCCCAUAUAUAAAUGGCAAUAUCGAAAAAAUAACAGUCAACAAUGGAAAAAUUUGGUGGAAAAAGACACGGCUAUUAUUGUUAUAAAUAUGAAUGAAGAAAAUGCAGGAGACUACAAAUGUAUUGCAAUAAAUGGAUUAGGGAUAGAUGAAACUCAAAUUCAUGUCAUGAGUCGUCUCGAAGUUCAUACGUUACCACAAUUCAAUCUGUUCUCAGUUUAA